AAAUCAAAAUAUGAUACGGUUUACUUCCUAUCAACUGUAUAAUGUCAAUAAAAGUCUUAUAUACAAAGGUAUUAAAAAGUAAAGAUGCACGAGGCAUUUGAUUAGAUUUCAGAAACAUGGAGAUGUAUGUGGUAUUAGCUGUUUUGGUUGUAUUCUUUGGUGGAGCACUUUCAAAAGACAUCAAUGUUAGGAUAGAUCCAGAGAAUGUUUUCCUAGACACUGACGACUUGGUGAUUACAUGCGAGUACAAUUCACAGUCUGUCAAAACUCCAGCCUGGAUAACCAUUACCAGAAACGGUUGGUAUGGAAAACAUGACAUUGUUACCAUGACUGCUGGUAAUCCACCAAGUAUUGGCUACUUCUUUAGUGGCAGUGAAUUCACAAGCAGGAUGGAAGUAACCGGUAGUAUUAAAGAGAAAACUGUAAGGGUAGCGAUGACAACUGUGGAAUGUUUGGAUGAGGCUCACUACGAGUGUACUGCUGGUGGAUUUACUGAUCAGGGGAGGCUUGAAACGUUUACAGAUUCAUAUUCCUUAGUUGUAAAUUCUCAUUCAAAGAGACCGUAUGUGAGAAUGAAUGGUUUAAUUGUUCCUGCAAAGGCGCCAAUUGGAAUAACAAAUGGUGAUGAGGUGAAAGUGGAAUGCAGUGCCUUUGUUGGGAAACCGCCUAAACCUAUGUACUGGUACCGGUAUGACAACAAUAAUGGUUCCUAUGUCAUUGAGAGGAAUAUGAUAACAAAAAUUGAACGCAGAUUGUUGGAAAGAGACCUUUGCAGAUGGUAUACAAAGUUUUCUAUUAGGUUUAUCGCCUCCUUAAGUACACCGGAAGUAAGACUUAGAUGUGCUGUAGGAAACGAAGAGGAGGACGUUUAUAUUAAUGUCAUACCAGCCAUCGGUCCAUAGAAUAUGUUUAACAAUGUUAUAUGACAAAUGAUGUUUACCAUGAUCUGUUUUCCCUGCUGUUCAGAGACUGAAACGUCUAUGACUUACGAGUAUUUUUACUCUUAAGAAUUUUUGUGAAAAGAGCCGCUGCAUUUUGUAAUAUCUCAUCUUUAAAGGAGUAGGUCCAGUAAGACCCCUUUUUGGCCCCAAAAUAUAGCAGUUUUACAAAAUUGCUAAAAUGUAAACUUUAAGCUAUUUAUUGGAAAGUAGAAUACUUCUGCUACAUAAAUAUGGGCAGUUUUUGACCAUACAAUGCAUAUAUAUCGGGUACUAGCAUCAUUAAGUCAUGCUAAAUUACGGAAAUCUUCACAAUUUUAGCAUUUGAGUAAAAUUUUAGACGGUUUCCGUCUUAAAUGGAAGUGGCCGCAUUUGUGUUCGUUCUUAAUAUUUAAAUGCAAGUUGUAUUUGAUGAUAAAACAUUAACAUAUAUAAAGGUUGAGAGUGAACACGGAUGCGGUCACUUUCAUUUUUGACAAAAACCAUUUGAAAAGUGACAUAUUAUGGCAUAUUUGAUAGAUUUUUCAUAUCUAAGCUUGAAUCUGAGCGGCUAUAAUGAUAAAAUCAGUUCAAAUCCGUCACAUAAACUAAUUGAAUCGACUGAAGUAGACACUUAAGUGUUUAAAAAGUGACCAAAAUCUUUCAUCAGAUGAACCUGAAAUUUGAGGCCAAAAUCGGCCCUUACCGGACCUACUCCUUUCAAAACUUAUACAAAACUCUACUCAUGUUCAGUUUAGUACCAUUGUGUAAAGUUUCUUGUUCAGUAAAGUACUUACGUGUAUAGUUUCUUGUUUAGUUUUGUACUCACGUGUAAAGUUUAUUAGUUGAAAACAAGUCAAAAUUGUCUAUUUAAACCACAUGGAAAGAAAAAAAGAAUUUUGUGGUGCAUCAGGUAUACCAUAUUUGUUGGAAAACUUGUAAAAAGAUAUAAGAAAAUGUUUGCUAUGUUGCCUUUUAUUAUUACAUAUCUAUAUAAUUAUGCAAUACAUACACACAUAAAGUAAUAAUCUAAUUAAGAGGUCCACGACUUACAACGCUAGAAAAAUGGACUUAAAAAUAAACAGUAUUU